AUGUCCGCCAUCCUCCAGGCCAUCAGCAAGAUCUCGCCGCCUCCCCCCGUCAACGCUCCCCGCGAGUACGACGGCUACGAGUUCAGGUGGAAGAUGUUUGUCUUCCGCCCGGCGACGUUCCAGUUCGAGGGUAUGAUGUUCGCCAUUCUCGGCACCUACCUUCUCUUGCACUUCAUCGGCAAGGCCAUCAACAUGGGCAAGGCCAAGAAGAUUAUGGCCCCCAUUGAGGCAUUCGCUGCUACGCAGUUCAAGGCAGUCAGGCCGAUGGAGAGCUCGUCUUCGGCGCUGCACUUGGUCUACGCUACCGGCCGUCGCAACGUUCUCGCGUUCCACGCGUCGCUCAAGCUUUCGACUCUCCACGACGUCAUCAUGCUUCUCUGGGAGAACAUCUACAGCUUCAUUGAGCCCACCAAGGCUGAGCAGCCCGGUCUCACCUUCCAGUACACUCUGGGCCGCGGAACCAACGGCCUUCAGGGAGAGGGCGCCGGCGUCUGGGGCAUUCUUAGCAAGAACGGCAUGGCCGCUGUCCGCGAGAAGCGCUGGGACCUUUCGUUCGCCCGUAUCCAGGACACUCCUCUCAUCCCCGCUACCCACACUCUUUUCACUGAGCACUCCGAGAUCACCGAGGCGCUCCUCAAGACCCCUAACAUCGGUCUCUCGAACCUGCUCGCUGACGCCGACUCGAUGGACAUGCUCAAGUUCUUUAUCAUCUCCGACGUCUCGGACCGCAAGCCUACCAAGGGCCCUCUGUCUGCUCAGAGCCGUGCUCGACAGAUCUGGGUUGCGCUCCACACCCCCUCCAACGGCACCGAGGAGGCCGUCGUCAACGCCUGGAACCAGGUCGCCCUCAACGUUGCUGACUUCCUCGCCAAGAACCCGAUCAAGCCUGAGAUCACUCGCAAGCUCAUCAAGACCCGUCUCGAGGUCGACAACGCUCUUGCCAAGCAGUACCGCAAGGAGCAGGAGGAGGACGGCGAGGUUGAGAGCGCCGAGGACAAGCGCCUCGCGAAGAAGAAGGCUGCCCGUGCCGGCCUCAGCGAGAAGGAGCUGAAGAAGCUCGAGGAGAAGGAGAGGAAGCGCGAGAUCCGCAAAAUCCAGAAGCGCGGCGGUAUGGGUGGCGGUAUGGGCGGCGGCAGUGCGCGGCCGUUUGCAGGCAUGGAUAAGGUUCCAGUCGGCGGUCAGCGGAUACGCGACCCGGGAUGGCCGCGGAGCAUGGCGAAAACACCGACCUGCCGAACUCCCGGGUCACCGGCGAAGUUGGCUAGCACGGGUCGAGGAAUGCUAUGGGGUCCGCUCGGAAGCCGCUAUCGUCCGCUUGAAGCUGGUGUGACAGAAGGAGCAGAGAUCGUCUUGGAGCUGAGCGCUGGUGCAGGUACUCCAGGUGCGAGGACCGGCUAUGACGAUGCGGAAUGGUGA